GUUCCUCGAGUGAUCGUCAAGAGAGGACCCGGACAUCCUUCGGGCUCGGAGACACACUUCACGUUUAAGGAAUCGGACCGCUGAUUUUGGGAUUUCCUCGGGAAAUGACCACAAAGUCUGUGCUUUUAUCCGGAUCACCACCAACCAGUCCAAAGGGCACAGCGGACUCCCCAAACCGAGAAAGCAUCCAACUGCCAUUCCUCACAGUGUUUCCCCAACAUACCAAGAUGGAGUCGCCUCAACUCUCACCCAACAUCAAACAGAACCAGGUCGGGACGGUCCUCCUCCGAGCAGUACCAAUUGUCAGUCUCUUCAUAGAUGGACAGGAACGAUUGUGUUUGGCGCAGAUCUCGAACACAUUGCUCCGAGAUUUCAGUUACAACGAGAUUCACAAUCGUCGCGUGGCCCUUGGAAUAACCUGCAUCCAGUGCACCCCUGUCCAGUUGGAGAUCCUCCGCAGAGCUGGCGCGAUGCCCGUCUCCUCACGGCGUUGUGGGAUGAUAACCAAGCGCGAGGCUGAGAGGCUUGUCAAGUCAUUCCUUGAGGAUACCGUACCGCCUCAACUCCCCGAGAACUUCUGCUUUGAUGUCAAUCACGAAUGCGGCUGGGGCUGCCGAGGAAGCUUUAUGCCAUCAAGGUACAACAGUUCCAGGGCAAAAUGCAUUAAAUGUUAUUACUGCAGUAACUUCUUCUCACCAAAUAAGUUUAUCUUCCAUUGUCAUAAAAUGCCAGCGGGUAUUUAUCGUCAUCCUGACGCAGCUAAUUUCAAUUCGUGGAGACGCCAUCUUAAAUUGAGCGACAAGGAGGCUAGCGAUGACCUUGAGCAUGCUUGGGAAGAUGUCAAAGCCAUGUUUAAUGGCGGCAGCCGAAAACGUCUCAUGUCCAGCCCAGGUCAGUCACCAGUCGCUGAUAUCAAUGACAACAGCAUCGAGAUCAAACGACCAAGAAUGGAUGUCCCGCAGUUUCCUCGACAGCAGCCGCAGCCAUACCCAUACCCAAUGUUUGCUGCAGUUGGCACCAACCCAUAUAGACUGUUUGGGAACAUUUUACCGCGCCCAUCGCACCCUGCAUUCCCAUUCAUGCAAAUGGACCAGACGGCCUUGCCUCCGGAAAGGAAGGUCAACCAGGAAAUGAUGCAUGCCAAGGCUGUGCAGAAUCCGUAUUCGUUCUUAUGGGGGAAGGGAUUAGACAACAUGGCGGUUGACAGUGAAAAAAUGUACGUCAGUAAGAUCAACGAUGAACUCAUCAGAGAAAGGAACUUUGAAGCGAUGCGAAACAACCUGUGGCAUCCGCAAUACUCGACCAAGGAAGAGAGCCCUAGUCCACCAGCUGUCAACAGCACAGCGAACCCGGGUCAAAGCGGGGUGUCCAUCUACUCAUCCGCGUUUACCCCUGUGAAAAGGGAUAUCGAUUUGGAAAGAAAGAACAGGAAGAGCAAACCGCGGAAAGGAAUGAAAAUUGGCGCCAUUGCAGACUCUAUUCUCCAGCGGAACAUGCUGGCUUCGGCAAAUCAGCCAAACUCUGAUGAUGACAAUGUCGAUAUCGAUGUCUCCGAUGACGAAAUCGGAAGCGCUCGGGAUUAUUUUCAUCAAGACCUUUUUACUAAAGCAAAGAAAGCCGAAAUUGCGGAGGACUUCGAAUUGAAUAAUGAGAAAGGAAAGAUAGCCGACUUUGAGAAUGAUUUUGAGACUAUCGAUGAUGUAAAACACAAGGAUAUGGGAACAGGACUGAUAAACAGUGACUUUGUAAUAAUGGGUUCUUCAAAACAUGAUGAAAUAGCCGAAAGAGUGGUUAAGGGUCCCGGCGCCCAACUUGGAGUAGAUUGUCAUUUGCAGCCUGGCGAAUUGAUAGGUGAUGGAGGAAAAGAUGGACUCGUCAGCACUGAAGAUACCAGCAGGAGAAGCAGCGAGAUACCGGUUAAAAAGGUACCGUCAACAGUUGAAAUUGAAGCCAAUGAUAAUAAUCUGGUUGGCGAAGAUGUCAGAGAUGGUGAACACAGGCAGAAAGAUGGCCUCGUGCACGAGAUGUCGCAACUGCACCAAUUACGACAACGGGCGGAACGGGAAUACAAGGCGAUUGAAGCCGUACUCGCCAGUGGAGAAACCGAACAUUCUCAGCAGGAUCUGCAAAGAAGACUGUCAGAUGCUCAUGAUGCCCUGCUCCAGUUCUCAAGGAAAAUCAUGUCGCUGACAUGCGGACUUGAGGAGGCAAAAUCGAAAUAGGAAAAGCUAUGGAUUGAACGCGACUUAGGAAUAUCGUGGGCUGAUCGACUUACGGGGCUCGGAACCUGUGAACAUUUGGCUGAGCAUCAGUAUAGUCUGCAGUCGCCUUUAAUGUAAAAUAGAACUGAAUCAUUUGAUAAUCAAGUUUUCAGAAUUUGAACAUGUUAAAAGGUUGAAUGGCCGCAUUGUUUGAUCCCAUGAAUACUGGACACCGUCUCGUCUACCAUAGGGGCUUCUGAAACAAAGUAUUUCUUUUAUAUGGGCCAUUAUAUCGGUACAUAGUGAUUGUAAAUGUGACUGUAAAUUUGUA